AUUACCAUAUCGUAUCAAAAUUAAUGCAAAUGAAAGUUUUAUUAACCUGGUGCAGCAAAUUUGUCAAAUAGAUAUGGACAUUCGCAAUCACUGUCAACUGCCUUAUCAACAGAUCAUCAGGGGUAAUAGCGAGUUAUGUUCAAGCAAGAUUCCAUUACAUUUUCAAUAUGAAGAGAUUCAUUCUUGUUCAACUAGUGGAAUAAAAUCGAUAGCCAAGACAAACGAUGCGACAUUAAGUUUAUAUACUGAACAACCUUGGCUACAUGACAAUGGUAUUGCUUCUCAUGAUAUGAAUUUAAGAAUGAUUCAUAAUCAGUCUAGCCGAACGACCUGUUGUCUUUUUGAAUGUAGCGCUGAUUGUUAUGAUGAAGUGACGGUGUCCAACAUUGGUCGAUAUUUUCAGAAUCUACUUUCACAUAUCUUCACUGAAAAUACGAAAACCAUUGGAUUCGACCCAGUUUUUGAAAAAAUCGGCAAUCUUUCUCUUUUACCAAUGAACGUUGAAAAUUUAUCAAACGUCAUCGAAUCACUACAAUAUUUCUCCGAAAUAAAACCAGCUUCAUAUGCUCAACACCAAAUAUGGCAUGAUGAAGAGCAUCGUUUGCAUUUGGAUGGACCACAAUUGGCAAUAUACAAUAUGGUAUUCUGCUAUCGUCUUUCAGCUAAUCAUACCUUGUCUGUUCAGCAGCUUCGUUAUGCACUCCAUCUUGUUGUUGACAAACAUCAAUCUCUAAGAACAUCAUUUGUUUUUGAUACUACAAAAAACAUUCUCACUCAACGAAUUGUUGACCAACAAAAUAAUGAACACAAUCGGUUUUCUAUAGUCGAAAGUAUUUAUGAAACAGAUGAACAAUUGGAUGAAAUUAUGUACAAUGAGACACAUAAUCUUCAUGUUUUUGAUCUUACUCAGGGUCUUGUCUUCCGAUGUCAUAUUGUUCGUUAUAAACAGCGUCUCCUAGAUCAACAUCCACGUGCUUCCAAAUCUGCAUUUCCUGAUGUCUCAUUUGAAUUUUUCUCAUCUAUGACAAUAAAUGACAACAACAUCAUCAUGAUUGGUAAUAGUCAACUUUCUUCGGUCACGUCUCCAAUAAAUAUAAAUGAGAAGGAGACCAGAAAUCAACUCGACGAUUUUUCCCUUCUCAUUCAACAUGAUCUUAACACUAAUCGAUUUGCAUGUAUAAUCAAUGCAUCACUUGACUUAUUCAAUAGAGAGACAGUAAAGAAGAUUUCACAACGAUUUCAUUUCAUGUUUCAUCAAUUAUCUACAUCUGUUAUCGACGGUCAAAUAAGCAAACCUAUCUAUGAAUUAUCAUUAAUAUUAUCAAAUGAGCAAUAUGUAAUGCAAUCAAUGGAUAAUACACAAAAAUCAUUUCCUUCGAUCACUUGUAUUCAUCAUGAAUUUGUUUAUAAAGUCAUGCAACAGCCACAGAAACUAGCUGUUGAAUUCGAUAAUCAAUCUCUUACAUAUACUGAACUGUUAUAUUAUGCACAAGUUUUAUCUUCACAUCUUGUGAAAAGACAUCUUAUCGUUCCAGGUGAAAUUAUCUGUCAAUGUGUAGAGAGAAGCUUAUCGAUGAUUAUUGGUAUAAUGGCUAUUGAAAUGAGUGGAAGUGUAUAUUGUCCAUUGUCACCUAGAGAUCCACAAAAUCGUUUGUAUACACUUAUAGAACAAACUCAAAGUCGUAUUGUUCUUAUUCAUUGGUUGACAAGAGCGAAAUUUCAUGAUAACGAUAUUGUUUUGAUUGAUAUUGAUUCGAUAUUGGCAAAUCAUGACUCAAAGGGUGAUGCUGAUAUUGAUCGACUAUCCGAUGUCAGAGUGACAUCCAAUGAUACUGCUUAUCUCAUUUUCACAAGUGGUUCAACUGGCAUACCCAAAGCAGUACGUGUAUUAAAUUUAAAUAAUACAGAACAGUACUAUAUUCUGUUUGGUUCAAUAAUUUCAGGUUCAAUUGCGCCAUCGUAA